AUGGGCCUACUUCGGCUUCGCCGGCCACCGCCGCUGCGACGGUUGCGCCUUCUGAAAAGGAAGCGGCGGCCAACCGCGAGUCUUAUCGCUACUUCUGCGCAGCAGGACAACUCCUGUCGCUCAAGUCCUGAUGAUCUGCCUGAAACAAUGCAGCGGAACAUCGCUUUGGAGGCAGUCCGUGUUGGAAACUUCUAUGCUGAAGAUCAGCAGGAAGUGAUCCGCUACAUUGCGGAGGUGCAUGCUGACCUGCUGGCAGAUGCUCAGUGGCUUCGGAAGAAACGCGGCAAACUGAGAGCAGAGAACGGUCUGACAAGGCGAUAUUCGGUGCCGGAGAUCUUGUGCAAGAAGCAUGAGGUGGAUGGCUUCGACAUUUUCGCAGACCCAGAUGAGGCAGUCCUAUUGGCGGAGCGCGCCGCAAAGGAAGGCGAGAAGCCUUCGCGACCUGAGUUGCCACCCGAGGAGGCACAGCAGAUUCAGGAGGGCCUGGACGAGGUGGUCGCGUCGGCAGCUGGCACUGGCGGACCUGUUGGCUCUGACGAGGUGCUUGAGCUGCUGGAGCGAGCAGUGGCUGGUGGGGAGGCAGAAGAUGUUCGUCUCAAAGAGUAUGUUCAGCAGGCAUCGCUUGAACGUGCGAGCUUGCGAACAAGGGCGGACCUUGUAAAGCAUCACCUCUCUACAUGUCGGUUCUUCCUCAGAGGAACUGAUUUUAGUCUGUACCUUCGAAAUUUGGAAGACUUGAAGACCUUCUUGCAGGUUGCUGCUUCCGUGUACUUGAGUGAGCGCAUUGAGGCGAGAUGCAUCGGGAGCAUGAACAUGGGAAACUGCUUAGCUUUACAGUGCAAGAAACCCGUUUGUCCUGUCAAAGCCAGCAACGACCUCGGAAGCAGAAGCAGCAACUGCGUCGACGACUACACCAUCGCGCAGUGGCCAGGUCCUUAUUGCAUACGGACAGAAGAUGGCAAAUGCUACUUCCCCGACAGGGGCCAGCAAGCUUGGUGGGAGAACGAUCAUGACAAAGCCUGCAGCGGCUGCUCGGUUUGUAACAGCGAAAGUGCCGAAGGUUGGAAGAAAGUCGAGGAUCACGAUUGGAUAUUCGCGAUGCAAGGAGCUGGCUGCACCGUUAAGAAUUCCCUGGGAGAGGAGACGACAGACUGCUUAGAGUCCGUCCAGGAUCUGCAAACGGGGAAGUAUGAACGAGGAUCGUCUUGCAGCGUUCUUCUCAAGAAGAAGAAGUACCUGACCUUUGAUUCCUUUCUCACAGAGCGGAGCUGGGACCGUCUCAAAGUAGUCGACCUCAACGAGUCAGGGCAUUUGCUUCACAGCUGGAGCGGGGAGGUGAAACCAGCUGCCCGGCUCUUUGAGAACUCCUGGUCUAUCCAGUGGAAAGCAGACUUUUCCGUUGAGAAGAUCCUCUGCUGCAGACUGGCUGGAAGCUAUGCAGUGGCUGUCCCACCGGCAGCCAUGAUGACUCGCACGGAAAGUGCAAAUGUUCCGCUGGCUUUGUCUGCAAGGAUCGGAGCCAAAGACAGUUGCCGAUCCCUGGAUGGGAUAUCAGCUGGAUUCGCAACCUUUACACCGGACCAGAAGGGCUUCCAAUGCAUCAGCGAGAGGGAGGAGUUCACGGUUUACGUUGCUGUGAUGCUCUCGGGCGCCUUUGAAGUUUCCGCCAUGCUCGUGCUUUCAUCGACGGCUUACCUUUUGCCUUUGUGCCUUGGGCUGUACCUCCUUGCAAUGGUGGUCUUCACAGUUGCAUCAACCUGUAACGACUUGGACACAAAGAGCUGGGAAGCAAAACUGCGUGGCUUCUUCGCUGAGUUUUUUGUGGCAACAAACGAGUGUUGGUGCCGCCGGCGUGGUGCUAUCGUCUAUGCCUCGCUCCUCUCCCUGCUGAUGGCCUAUUGGACAUUUUGUUUCCCGGGAAGCCCAGUUUUCUUGUGGCCCUGGGGUAUCUUCUAUGUCACCUCAUUAGCAAUCUUCUUCUAUCACCGGCGCCUGGCCUUGGCUGCGCAGGAGGCCAAGCAGAUGCUCUCGUGUUGGAGCUGGCAGUGCUGCCUUUGCUGUCUAUGCUGCUGGAAUCCUUUGGGCUCCUGUCUGCCGCUGACCACCUCGGAGACCUUGGAGAAGGCCGCUACAAGGACACAUCUCCAGCGCCAACAGGAGAUGCAAGAGAUCCAGGAGCCCUUGAUGCCGUCGGCUGCCAGCGACGCGGGCAUCAGUUCCCCUUUGCACCGCCUGCUUGCGAAGCCGAAGGAGGACGCUGACAAGGAGCGUUUGCAGAUGCAGUUGUUCCAGCACCUGGUGGAAAGGGCCCAGAAGUCCGAAGGCUUCGAAGAAGCGUCCGACAGUCGCCCAGGUACGACCAUGCUCUGGUUGGCGAAGUGGACGGUGCAACAGCCCGGAGCGAACAUCGGCAGCUCCAAAAAAUGGCACGCAGCCUGUGCUGAGCUUUUCCCGAUUCUGUACUCCUUCCUGUGGUCGCUUGUCGUUGCAAGGAUCUGUCUCGAGCACCAAGACGGCUUUAUCCAAAUGCCCCUUCCGAGCGUGCUGGGGAACUUCGCCCCGAUCCUCGCUGACUACGAGUUCGACCUGGGUAUUCUCCCCACUUGCCUGGCUGUGCACUUUGCUUGCAUUGCACUCAGCAGUCUUAUCGAGAGCAGGGCGUCCGCACAGCGCUUGCGCGAGUGGCUCUACACCUAUGGACCUCUUGAGCAGUGGAAGGAGAUGUACCCGAAAGCACAUGAGAUGUCCGAUGUCACCUACACCAUACAGGGCCAGGCGGAUGAUCCAGCGCAGGCUGAUCCAAAGAGUGACAACACUCCAGACGACAUCUGCGGCUUCAAAGUUUUCCGACAAAAUGCAGCCCUCCCGAGCUCCAAAGAGGUCACCCUGAAGGUCGCAGCAACGGUAGCCACUUUGCUGAGUUUGGGCGGAACUUUGUUCUAUCUCAGAUACAUCAGCUACGGCUUGCGGGAGGCCAGCGGGGACUGGCAGAUGAAAACCACCUUUGCGGUGACGUACCCCGUCAUCUUCUACUUCCUUCUCUGGUUGCCUCUGAUCUGGCAUCGGCUUUUGAAUGGGCUUCUCUUUGCGGCUGAAUGUUCCCUACUGCAGCGUACUGCCAGUGUCUUCUUUCACGAUGUCUCUGCUGGAAAGGAGACGAGGGGAGAUGUGAAGGCGCUGCUCGAGACACUGGGAUGGAAGGUUCAGGACAUUCUGUCAGACUGGAGGCUGCUGGUGAAGGUGGGCUUCGUCCUGGAUGGCUUCGCUCUUGUGACCGGUGGGAUGGCGAGCUACCGCCUGCUGAUCCACUACGAAGUGACCCAGUUUGUUCCGGUGCUUGCUUGCAACUGCCUAACCAUCCUUUCCUUGCUUUGCCUGCAAGUGGUGCCCAUGGUCAUGUGGAAUGCCUUUCUCGAGGAGGCUGCAGGGAACGAGGAAAACACGGACCCCGUGCUCUACAUGUGGCUGUCGCAAGGCUACCUGAAGAUGCAGGUCUUCGGGCUCACCCUGAGCCCGGCUUACUUCUUGGGCCUGGUCUUGUCGCUCGCUGCAUUGGCAGAGCCCUACAUCUCGGAGGUUGCUUUUCACGAUGGGCUCUCCCAGGAGCUGGCUGAGAAGCUGUUCCAGAUCCUGAAGCCGCUGCUGCGCCCCACGGCUGCCGCAGUGAACCCUCGGCUGGCCGGACCGUGGUUGAAGUCCCCUUCAGGCAGGUUUGGUGCGGCCAACCCUCGCAAGGGCCUGGGUCGUUUGCUCGACCGCCUGGCAGUGGCGAGGAAGGAUGCACAGACCGAGGCCAAAGUCGCCGAGGCAUCCGAGGUCAUGCAGCGGUUUUGUUCCGCUUUGCUGCCUUUGCUCACGGCAUCCGAAGAAGUUGCCCGAUGCCGCCGGCGUGGCCGGUUGGCAUCGCUGGUAGCAGAGGUGUGCGAACAAAGUGGGCUCCAGAUUAGCCCUGCGUUAUCGCAGGCGGCUCUCCAGCAUUUUGAGGCUGCAGGUCUGCUGCAAUCGAGAGGUCGCGAUGUUAGCCUGCAAGCCGGCGAUGGCGAGGCCGACGUCCCUUUGAAGAGCCUCUACACAGACGUUCCAUUGCUGGAGGCCGUGGCAAAGAAGCGGAUGGAUCGCCGAAGACAGCGGCAGCAGGCAAGAGAAGCGGCGAAGCGCCGCAAACGGCAGCGGACAGAGUAA